UGCAAAUAUCGCAAAGUUGAAAAUUACUCGAAAUGUAGUAUUACAUAUAUUUUACUCCUGCGACUCGCUGAAUCCACCAGUUGAGAUCGAAAAUAAGGAAGUACUCCAACAAUGAUGUGCCGUUUGACUGUCACCCACAUGGUAUUCUUGAGCACAGUGUCUGUGUCGAACGCAUUGUUUGUUGCAUGGGAAAAGGACGCAAAUUUGACUUCAGAUGACAUAUUUAUUGACGUCAAGAACACUUACGUACCUAGAAGAUUUGGUAGGAUAACACAAGAAUUCAGGAAUCUGACCUCCCACUCUCUGGACGAGCGCUGUCAGAAGGGCAUGGGACUCUCCAUUUCGUGGAGUUUGAAUUUACCGUACGCUGGGAUCUUGGGACCGAAAUUAGGCAAAAAGUUUGGCUUUGCCGCACGAGGAAUAUUUCCAAAUGUCAUCAACAGAAUUGUUCAACAUUGUUGCAACGGAAGUAAAAUCAAGUACGGUGCCUUCGUGAAGAGUAUUUGGGAAGCUGAAGAUUUUUUCUCUGAACAGAAGUACGAUUUUACUUUUCCUGUGUACAUCGCCAAAGUAGACAAGGACUCGUACCGUGAUCAACCGUUUGUCCCAGUUGUCACAGCACCUCGGGUUAUGUUACUGGUCUCUGAGAAGGGAACAAAGAAAACAAAGAAUUUCGCGAGCACAAUAUUCGAUACUUGGCCAUUCUUGGUAUUUAUUCUGGCUGCAGCAGGCGCUUCUGGAAUGAUGGUGUGGCUACUGGAGUUUGUUUUCUUCUCUAAUGAAUUUUCCAAGAGAUUUGUGAACGGAGCCUGGGACGGAUUUUGGUGGGCGGUUGUUACCAUGACAACAGUAGGGUACGGUGACAGUUCCCCUAAAUCAUUGCCGGGUAGACUUUUCUGUUUCAUCUGGAUCAUUACUGGAAUAAAUAUAAUAUCGAUAUUUACUGCAUUGGUCACAGCCUCUGUUACAGCCACAACAAGACCCUACUUUAACAUUCAUGGCGCUAAGAUUGGUGCAGUAAACGGCAGUGAAGAGUUUCGACUUGGAGUCAGCAUUAACUUUGAUAUGCAAGCAUUUAGCACUCCGGUGGCGAUGACUAAAGCCGUGCAAGACUUCAAAAUUGACGGUCUUUUGAUUGACAAUUAUGCUUUGACAAGGUUUUCCCAGUUCCUGGAGAAGGGUCAGGGAUUGCGAGUAGAACGCACGAUUGAACAUCCAAUCACAUACGGCCUUGUACUUCCAUCCGGGGCACCUCAAACCACGCAAUGUGUGCGACGUUACAUGAGGAACUACAACCAUGAAAUAUUUGAUCACAUUGCAAAAUAUCUCAUUCCUAUCAAGACCAAACAAACUGAUAAAAACUUGGCAGUUGAAGCGACGGAAGCUCUCUUUUACCAACAAACAACAUUCGUGAAAAUUGUCAGAAAUGGGGUCAUUAUUGUGGGCAGUCUCGUAAUCAUUGGACUCUUAUGGGAGUUAUAUCGAAGAUACAAACAAGGACUCUUAUGUGGAUUUCCAUGUCGAAGGAUCAAACAUGGUAAAUCGAAAUCAGGCACGCUGGUUCCCAACGACGCCAAGCAACAAAUGAUUGCUCUGCAGUCAAAAAGUGAGUCAAAGAAAGUCAACGCCGAAGAGCUCGUGCUUGGCUUCAAUAAGUUCCAUAAACACUGGGUGGAGCAGUUGGAAAGCGUGAGGUCACGUAAACCGUAAAGCCGGAAUAAUUCCAUUCACAUUUGCGAGGCGAAACCAGAUUUAAUAGCAGAUAUACUAAGAUGAAAUAGACACCGGUCACUAAAAAAACCAAACUGAAGUAAUAAAGACUUCUGUAAGAAGUAUUUUAAUCGAUCCAUGAAUAAAGCUACCGCCCUCAAACCUAAGCUGGACUGAUUUGAAUUAGUUUCAGAAAAAGUUCGCUCUUUAUUUAUCGCGUACGUUAUAUUUGUUUGUUAAGUUAGUGUUAGGACACAGCCAAUAAAAUUAC